GAAAUUAUGGAUUUUCUUUGGACUUUGUAAUGAUAUAAUUCUACCUUUUCGUUGCUGAAAUAUGCAAUUCAGCACCACUUGCCUGUUUUCUCUCUGUUUUUUUGGAUUGAUUCUCUGUUGGCUCCUGCAUCUGGGUUUUUAGAAACAAAGAUAUUUUGCUGAUAAAGGAAAUUAUAAUUUUCAUCAGCUUGUGGUCCAAACUAUAUUUGGCUUGGUUCUAGAUUUCUAUGUAAUUCUCUUGCUGUCCAAGCUGUCCAAACUGUAUAUUUGUCUUGAUUCAGGUGUAAACUCAACUUGUGGUAAUAAAGAUGGGAAUGAUUUGAGCAGUUCAAGCAGGAAGGUCCCAUCUGUCUCGGUGCCUCAAACUCCUCGGACAGAUGGUGAGAUCAUACAGUCCUCCAAUUUGAAAAGCUUCUCCUUUAAUGAACUCAAAACAGCCACCAGGAAUUUCCGUCCUGAUAGUGUGCUGGGUGAAGGUGGUUUUGGUUGUGUCUUUAAAGGAUGGAUCGAUGAGCAUUCAUUUGCAGCUGCUAAGCCUGGGACUGGCAUGAUUAUUGCCGUAAAGAGGCUUAACCAAGAAGGAAUUCAGGGCCACAAGGAAUGGCUGGCAGAAAUCAACUACCUGGGUCAGCUGCAUCAUCCAAAUCUGGUGAAAUUGCUAGGUUACUGCUUAGAAGAUGACCAUCGGCUUCUAGUGUAUGAAUUUAUGGCCAGGGGCAGCUUGGAGAAUCAUCUAUUUAGGAGGGCUUCUUAUGUUCAACCGCUUUCUUGGAACCACCGUAUGAAGAUUGCACUUGGUGCUGCUAAGGGUAUAGCAUUUCUUCACAGUGACGGCGUAAAAGUGAUAUAUCGAGAUGUUAAAACUUCAAACAUCCUGCUAGAUAGUAACUAUGAUGUCAAACUAUCAGAUUUUGGGUUGGCCAAGGAUGGGCCUGAAAAUGACAGAAGCCAUGUCUCUACAAGGGUCAUGGGGACCUAUGGGUAUGCAGCACCCGAGUAUAUGAUCACAGGUCAUUUAACCGCCAAAAGUGACGUAUACAGUUAUGGGGUUGUUCUCCUAGAAAUGUUAUCCGGCAAACGAGCAAUUGACAAGAACAGGCCAAAUAGAGAACACAAUUUAGUUAAUUGGGCCAAGCCUUACCUUUCCAGCAAACGAAAAGUUAUUGAAGUUCUGGAUGCUCGUAUUGAAGGACAGUAUCCAUUGGCUGCAGCACUGAAAGCAGCCAACCUUGCAAAUCAAUGCUUAUCGUUAGAUCCCAAGUUCAGGCCAAACAUGAAUGCGGUGGUAAGAAUAUUAGAGCAACUUCAGGACUCUGAGGACAUUGGGCGCUCACAAAAUGAACACCACCAGAUUUCUACUCGAAAUUCAGCAAGCAACGGUCCCAAACCUAGCGGGAUAAGUGCCAAUGGGAGCUUGCAUUAAUGAGAAAAUGGCUUCCUAUCCCUAGCCAUUUGCUUCUCAUUUUCGUAUAUAAAACAAGGAAAAGCAUUGGAGACAUGCUUUACUGUUUUCUUUAUUCAAUCAAAGAUAACAAGAAUAAACGGAUGUUGAUUGGAUAAACAUCAUUUUAUGUGAUGGAGUAUGUGUUACCACCGUUGAUUACUGUACAGUUCUUGCAUGUUUUGUGAAUGAUUAUAGAGAAUCU